AUGGCGACCUCAAGUACCGUCUCCUACACGGAGAAUCUCCUCAAAUACAUGAAGCUCGACCAGAAGGGAUCAGCUAUGGCUGAAUACAUCUGGAUUGAUGCGGGUAGUGGCGUUCGCUCCAAGUCAAAGACUCUCCUCAAGGUCCCAAAAAGCGGUGAAUUCACUCUCGAUGACCUCCCAGAGUGGAACUUCGACGGUAGCUCGACUGGCCAAGCCCCAGGUGACAACUCAGAUGUCUACCUCCGACCCGUUGCCAUCUUCCCUGACCCAUUGCGUGGCGCCCCCAACAUCCUGGUUCUCACCGAGUGCUGGGACCCCGAUGGAACCCCAAACAAGUUCAACUACCGCCAUGAGUGUUCCAAGCUCAUGGAGGCCCACAAGGCCCACGAGCCUUGGUUUGGUCUCGAGCAGGAGUACACCCUUCUUGAUUUGGGCGACAGGCCUUACGGCUGGCCAGUGAAUGGUUUCCCAGGUCCUCAAGGUCCAUACUACUGUGGUGUCGGUGCUGGCAAGGUUUACUGCAGAGAUAUUGUUGAGGCUCACUACAAGGCUUGCAUGAACGCUGGUAUUAAGAUUUCUGGUACCAACGCCGAGGUUAUGCCCGCCCAGUGGGAAUUCCAAGUUGGUCCUUGUAAUGGUAUUGAAAUGGGUGACCAUCUCUGGCUGGCCCGUUUCCUCCUCCACCGCAUUGCCGAAGAAUUUGGUGCUAAAAUCUCCUUCCACCCCAAGCCAAUUCCUGGUGACUGGAACGGAGCUGGUCUUCACAGCAACUACUCCAGCAAGGAGAUGCGAAAGGAGGGGGGUAUGAAGUACAUCGAGGCUGCGAUUAAGAAGCUCGAGGGCCGCCACAAGGAGCACAUUGCAGUCUAUGGUGAGGACAACACAAUGCGUCUUACUGGCAGACAUGAGACUGGUAGCAUUGAUACCUUCACAUAUGGUGUUGCCAACCGUGGUGCAUCCAUUCGUAUUCCAAGAGAAUGUGGUCACAAGGGUUAUGGUUACUUCGAGGAUAGACGACCAGCUUCAAAUGCUGACCCAUAUCAAAUCACUGGUAUCAUGAUGGAGACAAUGUACGGUGGUCUUGAUGGUACUGAGUUGAAGAAAUAG